GCGAGUCGGUAGUUGUCUUCUUGAGUCGCCAUUUUUGAUUUCACUUUUGUACUUGGCUUGUAAAUUAGUCUCCAAAGCGCCGAAGAGAUCGCAACAAUCCCGGAAUAUUUAAUUUGGAAAGCUUUAAGGCUUUCCGUAGAAGCCAGUCAUGGCCUCAAAUCAACGCUAUGAACCGGUGGCUACCACUGAACCUCCUCCUCCUCCUUCUGUUGCUGUUGUCUUGACGAUAGCCAUGCCCCCAGAGGACAAUACCUCGUGCUCACCACCUCCCCCUUAUGAACCAACUGAUGAGCAGGAAACUACUGGAGAUACUGAUCUGCCACCAUCAUAUGAUAUUGCGGCUAAGCUACCAACUUAUGAGGAGGUAGAAAGAGUCAAAGGGCAACAGGAUGGUUUGGUUGAAAGAAAUGCUAUUUUGCUUGAUGGUGGAGUAGAAGUCGCACUUGGAAAUGACUGGCUGUUUUUGAUCUGUUUUAUAUUGGCUUUUGUUUUCAACUGGUUGGGAUUCUUUGCGGCAUACUGUAUGACCAACACCAUUGCUGGGAGGUAUGGUGCAAUGUCUGGCUUUGGACUGUCGGCAGUCAAAUGGAUUCUUAUACUAAAGAAUUCAUCUUCGGUCGACACAGAGUUUGUCCAUUCCUGGCUUUGGUGGAUUGCUCUUGCCCUCGGAUGGCUGAUAUUUGUUCAAAGUAUUUUGACCUACUUAAACAUCAAGUGGUGGGUGAAGAAGGGCUGUCGUUCUUUUCAGCGUCACUGGGGAAUGCCACGAGGCAGCCACAGGGAUUGAUUUGUUUAGACUUGAUCUACUUAAUGCAAAGGAGGUGGUCAUUACAUAUUGGGUCAUGUUAAUGUUGUAGAGAACUAUUUUAUAUUGGAUCAAAGCCCAGAAAUGAAAGGUUGCUGGGUGUACUAAACAUCGCAGAUGUAAGAAUAAUGGAUUGCAGAUGAAAGUGUUACUUUUUAAAUCUUCCAUAGUGCACCAACUGUGAUGUAGCUUCUUAAACCUGUUAACUUUCAAUAUCUGUGUUGUAAUUCUCCUUUUAAGUAGCUGUAUGCUUUCUUUUAGAAAAGUUAUCAGAAUUUGGUGUUCUGUUUCAACAAUGCCCUUUGCUGACAAGUGUGUCUGUUUACAUUUAAUUUACCUGUUUGAAGAAUAACAAUAUGAUUUUAACCCUAUACACCCUAACAUCAGUAUCCAUAUUCUCCAUACUUUUCUCUAUACAUUUCCCAAGGUGCUUACAGGAGAAUUUGUUUGCAUUUAAGAGCUUCUUUAAUAGGUGAUGAUUUUCUUUAGUCGUGUGAACCUAACAUUUGUUGCGGGGGUCGCAGUUGUAAGGAGAAAUUAGCUGUUGGUCACUCUUACGGUUAAAGGGAUAAGAGAAGAUGUUGUAUGUUUAUCUUCUGGGUGUGAAAGUGUUAGGAGAGCUUUAGAGUACUUUGGAUCUUCAAGGUCUGGUUAUUUUCGACAGCCACUGUAAGGCUAUUUUGAAGGAAACUGCGAUUGAAGGUGUGAAAUGGGGUGAUGAAUCUCAUUCUAUUCCUUAGCUAAAACUGUAGGACAUUUGUGAUGAAAUUUAGAAGUCGUUAUUAUAUGAUAAACGAAUAGGAGUUGAGGUAUAGAAAUGCACAAAUCUGCACAGUUGUAGGCCAGUUCAAAUUUAGACACUUAAUAUCUCGAAGAGAACCAAAUAAAGGAAGCAUUGUUCAUGCAUUA